GAGGCCCGCUCCAGUCCACGGCGUCUCCCGUCCUCCCCACUCGCGCGCAACCGCAGCCCGCCUCUCUGUCCUCUCUCAACCACCGCGGUCACCACCCCCGACGCGAAGGAGACGCCGCGCCGGCGAUCGGGGCCUGCCGAUGGACCGGCGGCCGGAGCUGCGGCGCGCCAUGACGCUCAAGGAGCAGCUCUCCACGCCCGCCGAACCGGCCAUCCGCGACUUCCUCAGGAUCCCGGACGACGACGACGACGACGGCGCAGAAGACAGGCCGUGCACGCUCAUGGACGCCAUCGACCGGGACGUUCGAGGCGAGGGCGGCUCUGGCGGUGCGAUCAACUGGAGGCCGCUGCGCCACCGGCUCUGGGUCCGCCGCGCCGCGGGCGCGUGGCACGCGACAGGGUCGACGGCCAAGCCUCCCCGCGCCGUGGCGAGCAGAGCCUCCCCGAGAAGCAGCUACAAGUACCACCCGUCCCCCGGCGAGGGAUCGGUGGCCGUGGCCUUCACCCGCGCCCCGUCCCCGCGCGCCGUGGUCGACGACGACGAGGAGAACGACGUAGAAGAGGAGGACGGACACAACGACGAGCCUCCGCCGGUGGCGGCGGCGUCGACGUCACUGAUGGCGCUGCUGGAGCAGACGGACAUCCACUUGGAAGCUGACGAGGACGGCGGCGUGACCCAGUGCGGCAUGGUCGAUGUCAACGACGAGGACGGCCACGGUGAUCGGCACGAAGAGGAAGAAGAGGAGGAGGCGCAGGUGUGCUGCGUGUGCAUGGUGCGGCACAAGGGCGCGGCCUUCAUCCCGUGCGGCCACACCUUCUGCCGCCUCUGCUCCCGCGAGCUCCGGCACGUCCGCGGCAACUGCCCGCUCUGCAACGUCUUCAUCCAGGACAUCCUCCACAUCUUCUGAACUGGAUCCUCUGCCAUGUGCGGCGGCAUGUCGCCCAUUGUUCAGACAUUGGAGCCUGUAAUAAUUCGUUCGAAAUAAGUGUAAAUUUUCGAACAGUUGGGACUUGUGAGCGACUGAUCGACGGAGGCCGUGUGGUGUGAUUGUUCUUGUUCGGACGCACAUUAAUUACGUACAUGUGACAAACUAACAGCAAUCAGUGCAGCUUUGGAUCGUUCGAUCCACUCCGCUUUGUUUA